AUGGGCGGCGCGCCACCGGGGAACGAAGAACCAAGGAAUGGAGUAACGGAGAUGGCGCCGCCAGCAAGGAAAAAGAUGAAGGAGGAGCUAUCGGCAGACGAGGAGAAGUGGGAUGGCGGCGAUUCUCGUCCUCAAGCAACCCUAGGUCGCGCCACCAAGCGGCCAGAAGAAUUAGGCCGAGCCACGGUUCGGAUCGUUGGGUUGUUGUCGGGCCGAAGUGACGGGCUAGCUUUUGGGCCGAGAAGUGUGGGAUGCGGAGAGCAACUGCAGCUGGUCCAUUUGGCCAGAGAUUAA